GCUGCACCCCGGGCCGGCCGGCAAGGGCGUCCCAAGGGCAGCGAGCCCAGCCGGGGCCGGGGCUGCGUCUGCUGGAUUCGGGGGGUGACGCCUCCCUGUGCCCCCCGCAGCGGCGGCGGCGACUGCGGGGCAAGAUGCCGGAGCAGAGCAACGACUACCGGGUGGUUGUGUUCGGGGCCGGCGGCGUGGGCAAGAGCUCGCUGGUGCUGCGCUUCGUCAAGGGGACCUUCCGCGACACCUACAUCCCCACCAUCGAGGACACCUACCGGCAGGUGAUCAGCUGCGACAAGAGCGUGUGCACGCUGCAGAUCACCGACACCACCGGCAGCCACCAGUUCCCGGCCAUGCAGCGCCUGUCCAUCUCCAAGGGCCAUGCCUUCAUCCUGGUCUUCUCGGUCACCAGCAAGCAGUCGCUGGAGGAGCUGAAGCCAAUCUACCAGCAGAUCGUGCAGAUCAAGGGCAGCGUGGAGAGCAUCCCCAUCAUGCUGGUGGGCAACAAGUGCGACGAGACGCAGCGCGAGGUGGAGAGCAGGGAGGGGGAGGCCAUGGCCAAGGAGUGGAAAUGCGCCUUCAUGGAGACCUCGGCCAAGAUGAACUACAACGUCAAGGAGCUCUUCCAGGAGCUGCUGAACCUGGAGAAGAGGAGGAACGUCAGCCUCACCAUCGACGGGAAGCGCUCCAGCAAGCAGAAGAGGACAGACAAAAUCAAGGGGAAGUGCAGCAUCAUGUAGAGCCCCGGACUGGCCCG